AUGGGCCGCAACGUCCUGAUGGUGGCGGAGAAGCCAUCUCUCGCGGAGAGCAUAGCCUUCCAUCUCUCUGACGGAAGGGCGGCGAAGCGGCAACGCGCGCUGCCCGUGUACGAGUACACCGGCCACUUCUUCAACGCCCCUGCCUUCUUCAAGGUGACAAGCACCACUGGUCACGUCUUCUCGUGUGACUUCACGCCACAGCACCAGAACUGGGACCGCACAGAGGAGGAGGAUCUCUUCCGCGCCCCAGUACACUGGAAGGAUGAGUCCGGCAAGGUGUCCCGCCACCUCGCGCACGAAGCGGAGGGAUGUGACACACUGGUUCUGUGGCUCGACUGUGACCGUGAGGGAGAGAACAUCUGUUUCGAGGUGAUGCAGGUUGUUCGUCACAGCAUCUACGAUAUGCGAAACAUAUGGCGCGCAAAGUUCUCCGCCAUCACGCGCGAAGAAAUCGGCCACGCCUUCCUGCAUUUGGGUAAACCGGACAAGAAUGUCUCGGACGCUGUCACCUGCAGGCAGGAGUUGGAUCUCAAGGUUGGUGUCGCCUUCACACGCUUCCAAACCAAGUACUUNCAAGGCAAGUACGGUGAUCUCGACGCCAGCGUGGUCAGCUACGGUCCGUGCCAGACGCCCACGCUGGCGUUUUGCGUACAGCGGCACGAUGAGAUUUUGAACUUUAAGCCGGAAAACUAUUGGAAGCUGGUGCCUGUGUCGAACCGCUUUGGUACGAUACUCACAUUUGACUGGGUGCGCGGCCGUGUAUUUGAUGAGCUGAUGGCACGCCUGCUGCACCAGAAGGUGUCCCGUAACAAAGUCGCUAAAGUGAUCAAUGUUUCCGUCGGCACUGAAACACGUGCGCGUCCCACAGCCCUAAACACCGUGGAGCUCAUGAAGGUGGCGAGCAAGGCACUUGGCAUGGGCCCGCAUCACGCGAUGCAGGUGGCGGAAAACUUGUACAUCUCCGGCUACAUCUCCUAUCCACGUACCGAAUCUACUGCAUACCCGUCAUCGUUCAACUUGACGGGCGCUCUUGCCGCGCAGGAGCGAAGCCCGCUCUGGGGUGCCCAUGUGCAGGAGCUCCUGAAACAAGGACACACGCGACCCAAGGCAGGCAAAGACGCUGGGGAUCAUCCACCCAUUACACCCAUGCGUGGGGCGGGCCCAGGAGAACUCUCAAGUGACGCUUGGAGAUUGUACGAGUACAUCACACGACAUUUCAUCGCGACGCUCUCACCAGACUGCAAGAUGUCUCGCACAAAGCUCGUGGUGGAGCUCGGUGAAGAAUUAUUUACUUUCACUGGGAAGGUAGUGGAGGACCCAGGGUUUACAACGAUCCUUCCUCAUUAUGCCGUGAAGGAUGAUAAGGUGCCAACAAACAUCCAAGUAGGUAGUGAGUUCACCUUCUCAGACGUACGGCUGCAGGCGGGACAGACACAACCGCCAGGGUACCUGACGGAGGCCGACCUCAUCGAACUGAUGGAGAAGCAUGGCAUAGGCACCGAUGCAUCCAUUUCGCAGCACGUGAACAAUGUGGUUGAGCGUGGCUACUGCGCAGUGAAGCCAGGACGUACGAUGGAGCCAACCAAGUUAGGUGUGGUGUUGAUUCACGGUAUCAAGAGUAUCGACCCAGAGUUGGUGCUGCCGUUGGUGCGCAGCAAGGUGGAGGAGUACGUGACGUGCAUCGCCGAGGGUGCCGCCGCCCUAGACGAGGUGCUCUCAUACUCGUUGGAUCUUUUCUUUGGUAAAUUCCGAUUCUUCAAGCAGAACAUUGAGCGUUUUGAUGCACUCAUGGGGGCCUCUUUUUCAUCACUCUCGGCAUCUGGUAAGCCCAUCACACGGUGUGGGAAUUGUAUGCGGUACUUAAAACAUUUGGAGGCACGCCCGCAGCGACUGUACUGCGCCUAUUGUGAAAUCACUUACGCAUUGCCACAGGGCGGGACCAUAAAACAAUACUCUAGCUUUAAAUGUCCGUUGGAUAACUUUGAGUUGGUUAUUUGCCACGUAGAUGGUGGUAAGUCCUUUCCCAUUUGCCCGAAUUGCUAUAACAAUCCGCCGUUCGAGGAUGCAGUGCAAAAGGGAGGUCAGCGAAGGCAAUACAUGGCGUGCGAUGAGUGUCGCCAUCCGACUUGCUACCACUCCUUGGCAACCAAUUACGUGGCGGACUGUGUCGACGAGCGGUGUGAUGGUUGCAUGGCCUUCGUGCCACGUACUUCAGGGAAGUGGAAGAUCUGUUGUAAUCACUGCACCAUGAUGAUUCUACUCCCUCCUACCGCUCAGCGCGUGUACGUUAGCUCCGAGGAGUGUGGAGACUGUGGUGCCAUGAUGAUGGACCUGCAGUUCCCUGAAGGGAAGUCGCCCCUUCCAAACCGCAAGGACCGCAUUGUGGCGUGUGUCUUCUGCGAUCCUGCGCUGAGUAGCAGCGUGGAGGAGGUGCGAGGCCGCAUGGGGAACUUUAGCAGGCGCGGCGGUGGCGAUGGCGGUCGUGGUCGUGGCAGAGGUGGCAGAGGCGGCAGA